ACACAAAAAAAACGAGUGUUAAUGGGCUUUUAUAUAAUGGACUCAAGCUUAAUAUCACCUUGUCGUUGUAAAUAUGGGCCUUGGGUUCUACUAAAGCCUUUUUAAAUAUAGUUCCACAUCAUCCUAUGCAUCAAUCUAGAGAAGACCGAUGCUGAAUGCGUUUGCACAUCACGCGCGUUCUCAGAUUCUCGCGUUUGUAACAGUCCCAGCAAUCCAUUUCCGCUUCACGCGCCGCCUCCAUAUAAAUAUCUUACGCAAAUCUUCUUCUUCUUCUCUUCUCCUCCUCAACGAAGCCUUCUCCAAUCGACGCGUGUCUAAUUCUCGUCGUUAUUGCUCGUCGCCUUCUUCUUCCCGUCCCAGCUCAGCGAUCAUGGGAUCUUCUUCGGUGCUAGGCGAGCUACUACACUAUCCUUCAGCUCGGCGCGAUGAUUCCGUCGUCGAGGAUUAUCACGGCGUCAAAAUCACAGAUCCGUAUCGUUGGUUAGAGGAUCCUGAUGCUGAAGAAGUGAAGGAGUUCGUCGAUAGCCAAGUGAAACUGACUGAUUCCGUGCUUGCCAAGUGCGAAACGAAGGGGAAGCUUCGUGAGAAUAUAACGGCUCUGUUUGAUCACCCGCGCUACGAGUCGCCGUUCAGGAGAGGGGAUAAGUACUUUUACUUCCACAACACUGGUUUACAAGCCCAGGAUGUGUUGUAUAUGCAGGAUGAUUUGGACGCUGAGCCGGAAGUUUUGCUUGAUCCGAACACUCUUAGUGAUGAUGGAACUGUGGCGUUAAACACCUUUUCUGUUAGCGAGGAUGCUAAGUACUUGGCCUAUGGUCUUAGUUCUAGUGGUAGUGACUGGGUGACGAUUAAGCUGAUCAAGAUUGAAGAUAAGAAAGUGGAGCCUGAUACUUUAUCGUGGGUUAAGUUCAGUGGGAUUACAUGGACGCACGAUAGUAAAGGAUUUUUCUAUGGUCGCUACCCUGCCCCCAAGGAUGGAGAGGAUAUUGAUGCUGGGACUGAGACUAACUCCAACCUGUAUCAUGAGCUGUAUUACCAUUUCAUUGGGACAGAUCAGUCUCAAGAUAUCUUGUGCUGGAGAGAUUCUGAGAAUCCCAAGUAUAUGUUCGGAGUUGAAGUCACUGACGAUGGGAAGUUUCUAAUCAUGACCAUUGAAGAGGGUUGUGACCCUGUCAACAAAUUGUACUACUGCGAUCUGUCUUCACUUUCUGGAGGUCUUGAAAGUUUCAGAGGAAGCAGCAGUUUUCUUCCGUUCAUUAAGCUUGUUGACACACUUGACGCACAAUAUAAUGUUAUCUCAAAUGAUGAGACACUGUUUACUUUCCUGACAAAUAAAGAUGCGCCUAAGUACAAAUUAGUCCGGGUUGAUCUGAAGGAACCAAACAGCUGGACUGAUGUUGUUGGAGAACAUGAAAAGGAUGUCUUAGCGUCGGCUUGUGCAGUCAAUGGGAAUCAACUGGUCACAUGCUAUAUGAGCGAUGUUAAGCACAUUCUGCAAAUUAGGGACAUGAAAUCUGGCUCUUUGCUUCACCAAUUACCUCUAGAUAUUGGUUCAGUAUCUGAUGUUUCUGCUCGGCGCAAAGACAAUACGUUCUUCUUUAGCUUUACUAGCUUCCUCACUCCCGGUGUGAUUUACAAGUGUGACUUAGCCAACGAAGCUCCAGAGGUUAAGGUAUUCCGAGAGGUCGCUGUACCCGGAUUUGACAGGGAGGCGUUUCAAGCCACUCAGGUCUUCUAUCCCAGCAAGGAUGGAACGAAGAUACCAAUGUUCAUUGUGGCGAAAAAAGAUAUCAAGCUAGAUGGAUCACACCCAUGUUUACUCUAUGCAUAUGGUGGUUUUAACAUAAGCAUAACACCAUCUUUCAGCGCAAGUCGCAUUGUGCUUAGCAAGCAUCUCGGUGCUGUUUUCUGCAUUGCAAACAUUCGAGGUGGUGGGGAGUAUGGUGAGGAAUGGCACAAAGCGGGAUCACUUGCCAACAAGCAGAACUGCUUUGAUGACUUCAUAUCUGGGGCAGAGUAUCUCGUGUCCGCUGGUUAUACACAACCCAGCAAGCUGUGUAUCGAAGGCGGCAGUAAUGGUGGACUCCUGAUCGGCGCUUGCAUUAAUCAGAGACCAGACCUUUAUGGUUGUGCUUUGGCUCACGUGGGCGUCAUGGAUAUGCUACGGUUUCACAAGUUUACCAUAGGCCAUGCCUGGACUACUGACUAUGGUUGCUCCGAGAAUGAAGAGGAGUUUCAUUGGCUGAUAAAGUACUCGCCUCUACAUAAUGUGAAGAGGCCAUGGGAGCAACAAACCGGUACUUUAGUUCAGUACCCAUCAACCAUGUUACUGACAGCUGAUCACGAUGACAGAGUCGUGCCUCUUCACUCAUUGAAGUUGCUUUCGACGUUGCAGCACGUGCUGUGCACAAGCUUAGAGAAUAGCCCACAGACAAACCCCAUAACUGGUCGUAUAGAAGUGAAGGCCGGCCACGGAGCUGGUCGCCCAACCAAAAAGAUGAUUGAUGAGGCGGCUGAUCGUUAUUCGUUCAUGGCAAAGAUGGUGAAUGCUCCAUGGACCGAGUAAAACAACACAAAUUCCUUACCUGCCGGCACCAGAGAUCUUUCUCUGUUUGUUCUGUCCAAAAAUGGAUUUUGUAUGAGUUACAUUUAAACAGUUCUUUUAACAAUUUUCAGCUUUUCGUUCAGGCUUUACGAGUCUGUUAUGACUUUUUGAUAUUUACCAAGAACAUGGACCAAGUCAACAAAGUUUAUUACUUCA